AGAGCAGCUCAGUAUCAGCCGUAUAGAGUGAAGACCACAUACAGACAAAAAAAAAAGUUAAAAUUUAGGGAGGACAUUUCUGAUAGGCAACAAAACCAGCCAAUGUAACAUUAAAAGGAAACUUUUAAGGGCAGAAGAUAAAAUUCUGGAGGAAAUUAGGGUGAGAGAUAGGCAGAGUAAAGAUAUAAGACCAGUUCUAAAAAAAAAAAAAAGAAAAAAAAGAAUGGGGUCUCUGGUGAACAGUGCUGCUGCUUUUCUAUCAACCUCCCUGCUGGUAUUGCUCUUUGGAUUUUCUUCAGUCCUGGCCCAGGACCUGAGAGAGACAGAUGCACUAUGUAAUUCAGAUGGCUGCUUUGUGGUCUAUUUUCAACGCAAAACCUUUCUGGACUCAUGGAGGGCCUGCAAAGAAAAAGGUGGCAACCUGGCCACCAUCAAACAGAAGGAGGAUGCAACUACUAUUGCCACUCUCUUUUCCACUGUAGACCUGCGCCACUCGCGUACCAAAGUCCAAGUAUGGAUUGGUCUUCAGCGCCAGCCUCGCCAGUGCACUACCACACACCCAUUGCGGGGUUUCUCUUGGACUACUGGUGACCAGGACACAGAGUAUACCAACUGGCAAAACGAGGACUCCCCUAGCUUGUGUUCAAUGCCUCGCUGUGUGGCUGUGAGUUACAGCACUCAAGUGCAGGAUGAUAACUUUAAAUGGCUAGAUGGUGCUUGUGUAGUUUCUGUAGAUGGGUAUCUUUGCCAUUAUGCCUACAAAGGAAUGUGUCCUGCCCUGUGGAGUGAGGGAGAAGGCAAUGUUAACUACACCACACCAUUUAACCUUCUGAGUACACUGCUAACCUCUGUACCCUUUGGAUCUGUUGCUACUGUACUCUGUCCUACAGGCACCAAAGAGGAACAGACAGUUGUGUGUAUGCUGAGGGAAGAUGGCUCAGUGGGGUGGUCAAGAGAAUCUCCCCUUUGUUCUCAUUUCUCCAACCUGUGUGAACAAGAUAAUGGUGGAUGUGAGCAUUUCUGUAUCUCAGCUGGUGGUCAUGUCUUCUGUAAAUGUGCUGAUGGGUAUCAACUUGGUGAGAAUGGGCAGAGCUGUCACCUGUCUGUACUUUGUCAAGGUGCCUCCUGUGAAUUUGAAUGCCUGCCCCUCUCAGAUGGCUAUCGUUGUGCUUGUCUUGAUGGAUACACGCUUGCACCAGAUGAGCGCACCUGCCUUGAUGUAGAUGAAUGCCUCCAAAGUCCUUGCGAGCAGAUAUGUGAGAAUUAUGAAGGUGGGUUUGAGUGCUAUUGUAGGAAAGGUUUUGAACUCAUGUCUGAUCACUCCUCAUGUCAGAAGAUAGAGGAAGGAGACACUAUCACUCCUCCUUUGCCUUGGAUCACUCGCCAGGCUGGACCUGCAUGGGACUAUGACUGGAACUCAGAGCAGCGCCACACUGGCUGGCCUACACAGGAGGAGCAAUCUCUGGACUGGCUAACAGAUCCACCCAGAGUUUUAAAUUCUGGUGUAAUUUGGCUCACCAGUAUCCCACAAGAGGAAUUGUCUUAUGAUUCAGCACUGGAGCCCUUGACACAGGAUACUGCCAAAGAUGAAGAAGAUAUAGGCAGAGUUGAUUGGUCGGAGGGGGAUCAGAGAUCUCAGUCUGAGCUGAAUGUUUUCUCAUCAACUACCUACACCACUCUUCAUCCCUUCAGCUCUACCACUAUCACAGACUGGUACAAGAAAGAUGAGGAAGCAGCUACUACAGCUCCUCCUUUGUAUUCCACCUCAACUAUCUCAGAGGGAGCUUUGAAUUGGUGGACAGAUCUCACCACACUGAGCCAAAGUCCAGGAAAACCACAUCAUUCUUUUACAGACGAUAACAUGCCUAGAGAUUCAAGCUACCACAAAGAGUCAGAAGGGGAAAAACAGAGGAAUCUCCUCAGGGAAAACAUUCAGUUCAAAGAGGAGGAGUUAAACAAAGAGGAAAAGGACUUUGUAGAAAUUACCCACAGUCAAAACCUGGCUGUUCCCACCAAAUUUACGUCUUCCCAGCCACACCUAAUUGAGGAAGGGAAGAGUGACGACAGCUUGGAUUCUGCCACAAAAGACGGGCGACAGAAACAGGGGAGCAUUUGGCUCAUAGUGGGGCUCUUCAUUCCCAUCUGCAUCUUCAUUGUGGUAAUGUUGGCACUGGGUAUUGCCUACUGCAAUCGCUGCGCAGUUAAGUCACACAAUAAAGAUGCCACUGACUGCUACCACUGGAUCUCAGGGGCUCAUGAUAAACAAGGAGAUUCUAACCCCUCAGCAGGGACCCAGACCCAUGUUUAAAACAGAGAAGGCAAAAUCAGACAUUUACGUGAAUAAACUUUGUUUUAGAGGUAAAGAAGAGUGGAUGAUGAAGCUGGUCACAGCCAAGACAAAAAAAAAUCUUCUAACUACUGAAAUUGUGGACUGUUUGAACACAUUUGGAUAUAACUUUUGAAUAACCACUAACAGAGGUGGGAAAAGUACACAAAAACUCUUUUGGGAAUAAGGUCUCUUGUAGAGAGUACUUUUAGCAUACAUCCUUUAUAAAAAUGUGUGUUAGCAUUUAUUGAUUUCAGCAUUUCACUUUUGGAAGUAAUUCCUGCUUAGAGCCUUAGCAGAGGUGGUAAUAAUAAUUUGUGGUAAUAAAAGGAAAUGGAGGUCCCUUUCAAACAGAGUACUCAAGGCUCACUCAGUUAAUUUCAAUAGCAGAUCACUGCAGAUAACAUUACUUUUAAGUAUGUUAAAGGGGAUUUAUGUGUGCAGUUAGGUCUCAGUGUAUAAAAGGAAAAUAUCCAUGAGGAAGGACAUUCAGGCAUAGAAUAUCACUGUGGAGAGCAGAAUUGUUUAAUACAAAAACAUUCUUUCUAAAUACAGUUCUUGUCACCAGUUUGUUUUUUUGUUGUUUUAUUUACACACACACACACACACACACACACACACACACACACACACACACACACACACACACACACACACACACACACACACACACACACUUUUUUUCAAUGACGAAAGAAAAGAGCAUAAAGUGAAGGGCUUCUCAUCGCACAGAUACUGGUUGUAGCCGCUGUUGUGUGACAUCGACAUGUUUCUGACGCUUUGUAACUCUAAUUCCUUAAUACAGUUCAGAAAUGUUUUUUAUGUUGGAUGAAAUCCAGCGGUGCGCAAAUUGCUUUAAGUGCAGCUGCUGAUGGAGCUUCACAUUUUUAAAUUCCUAAAUGGCAAUCCAAUCUCAAGAGAUUCAUGAACUACAUUCCAAAUUGACAAAGGGGGAAAGGAAAUGUAUACAAGCUCAAACAAGAUACUGAUAAAAUGUCACAUUUUUGUGGUUAAAGGUGUUUUUGAUGAAGUUCAAAAAAGUUCCAUUUGCAUUUUUAAUAUUUUAGGGACAGACUAUAAACUAUGAACAUCAGUUGUGUGCCACAAUUUGCUAAGAAUUUAUGAAUUAAAGAUCAUGACAAGUGCUCAGUUUGAAAGUUUAUUAUUGAUCAUGGAAAUAUUGACCAGUAUGUUUAAAUGCAUUUGAAAAUCCAAAUCUACUAAACAGAUUAAAUAUAUGACAAGGGCUUUGAAUGUAUUUGUGUCAUAAUUUUUUAUGAUAUCACUUGAUAUUUCUCAUGUACCUUCAUCAGACUAUUUAACAGUGGAGAAAAUUGUAAAGGUAUUUUUAGUCACUUGCAAAGAAAAAGAGAAAUGAAUGUGGGUAGAGGAGGGGAUGGUUGUUUGUGACAAUAAACAGUAAAUGGAAAAGAGGGUCCUUCCUUAGGAAGUAUUUGUACAGAAAAUACAACAGGAUAAUUCUGGCCCCACUGACAGGAAGCAUUGUGAUUAUACUGACUAAUGGAAUCCACUAAUCAAAACCAGGUUCUGUCUUUGGCUCUCAAAGGGGGUCUCACUCUCUCUUCUCUCUGUCUGACCUAUUUUCAACAUUAUCAUCUUUGCAGAUUUCAGUAUAUGGACACAGUCCUCUCACCUGUGAACAGAGCUAUACUCUCCUCUUUCUUAUGUUACUUAUAUUAUUAAUAAAAGUGGUCUUAGUUUGUUAGGUUUGCCCAUUAGUACUUCCCAUUUUAGUAUAUCAAUAAUAACAAGUUGUGCACAGAUCUUUUGCACAUGAACAUAGUGCUGUUACUAAAAAGAAGUGCAGCCCAGAAGAAGCAACAAGACAGUUAAGAGCUAUACAACCUCAGGUUCCCCUUUGUCAACACAGUUCUGAGGGCUCCAGCGAUUAUUCAAAUUCUGUUUCUACCAAAUUUUAUGGGAGUUAACUUGGGAUAUUUGACUUUAUUUUUUUUUUUUUUUUAAGCCUGUCAUGUCUGGCAGAUCUUGCAAACAGAACUG